GUAACACUGUUCUUCGACUUGGUUUUUUUUAUUGUGACUUUGCAAGCGACGUUUUUUGUGCAUUACUUUUAGUUAGAUUCGUUUUUAAGCUAUAGUUUAAUUGUUUAAUUUAUUGUGAUGGCCGAAUUUCUGGACUCCGAGGCCGAGGAAUCGGAGGAGGAGGAAGAGUUGGACGUGAACGAGCGCAAGAAGCUCAAGAAACUGAAAGCCGCCGUGUCCGACAGCAGCGAAGAAGAGGAAGAUGACGAAGAACGCCUGCGCGAAGAGCUCAAGGAUCUAAUCGACGACAAUCCCAUUGAGGAAGAUGACGGCAGUGGUGAUGACUCAGACACCGGAAGCGGUGGAGACACCGAAGGCGGAGGCAGUGGCAAGAAGCGCAAAAAGCACGAGGAUGAUGAUCUGGAUGACCGGCUUGAGGACGACGAUUACGAUCUGAUUGAAGAGAACUUGGGCGUAAAAGUCGAAAGAAGGAAACGUUUCAAGCGUCUGCGUCGGAUCCACGACAAUGAGAGCGAUGGCGAGGAGCAGCACGUGGAUGAGGGUCUUGCCCGGGAGCAGAUUGCCGAGCAGCUGUUUGACGAGAACGAUGAGAGCGUUGAGCAUCGCAGCGAACGUAGUCCCAGGGAGGCGGAUGCUUUCGACGAGGAGGACUCAGAGUCAGAUGCCGAUGACUUCAUUGUGGACGACAACGGACGUCCCAUAGCCGAGAAGAAAAAGAAGCGUCGUCCCAUCUUCACAGACGCAUCGUUGCAAGAGGGCCAGGACAUCUUUGGCGUAGAUUUUGACUACGACGACUUCUCUAAGUACGAGGAGGAUGAGUACGAGGAUGACACCGAGGGCGAUGAGUAUGACGAGGAGCUGGGAGCCGGCGAUGAUAACCGUGUCAAGAAGAAAAAGGCUCUUAAGAAGAAGGUGGCCAAGAAGACGAUCUUCGACAUAUACGAGCCAAGCGAGUUGAAGCGUGGUCACUUUACCGACAUGGACAAUGAGAUCCGCAAGACGGACAUUCCAGAGCGCAUGCAGCUGCGCCAGGUGCCUGUGACUCCGGUGCCCGAGGGCUCUCACGAGCUGGACCUCGAGGCGGAUUGGAUAUACAAGUAUGCAUUCUGCAAGCAAACAGUAUCCGAGCAGGAAAAGGCCGAAAACCGCGAGAAGUUGCGCAAACCGCCGACGGCCGUGAACAAGAUCAAACAGACGCUGGAGUUUAUCCGUAACCAGCAGCUGGAGGUGCCCUUCAUCGCCUUCUAUCGUAAGGAGUAUGUUAAACCAGAGCUUAACAUCGACGAUCUUUGGAAGGUGUACUAUUUCGAUGAACGCUGGUGCCAGUUAAACGAGAGAAAGCGCAAGCUAAAGGUGCUCUUUGAAAAGAUGCGCCAAUUCCAGCUGGACACACUGUGCGCCGAUCCUGAUGCCCCAAUACCAGAUGAUGUACGCCUGAUGUUGGAUAGUGAUUUUGAGCGUCUGGAUGACGUGCAGUCCAUGGAGGAACUAAAGGAUGUGCACAUGUACUUCCUGCUAAACUACUCGCACGAGCUGCCGCGCAUGCAAGCUGAACAGCGGCGUAAGGUAAUUCAGGAGCGCCGGGAAGCCAGAGCUCGUCGUCAGGCUGCAGCUGCCGAGAACGGCGACGAUGCGGAGGGAGCAGCGAUAGUGAUUCCAGAGCCGGAGGACGAUGACGAUCCGGAACUUAUCGAUGAUCAGCUGAAACAGGCGCCCAACAGCAGUCCCUAUGCGGUGUUCCGCAAGGCGGGCAUCUGUGGAUUUGCCAAGCACUUUGGUCUUACUCCAGAGCAGUUUGCUGAAAAUCUGCGCGACAAUUAUCAGCGCAACGAAGUCACUCAAGAAAGCCUCGGUCCAACGGAGCUAGCUAAGCAAUACCUGUCUCCUCGCUUUAUGACCACGGAUGAGGUGCUCCACGCGGCCAAAUACGUUGUGGCACGCCAGUUGGCACAGGAGCCUUUACUCCGCAAAACCAUGCGAGAGGUAUACUUCGAUAGAGCCCGCAUCAACAUACGGCCCACAAAGAAUGGUAUGGUGCUUAUUGACGAGAAUUCUCCUGUUUAUUCGAUGAAGUACGUGGCCAAAAAGCCGGUGGGAGAUCUCUUUGGCGACCAAUUUAUUAAGCUUAUGAUGGCAGAGGAGGAGAAGUUACUGGAGAUUACGUUCCUCGAAGAGUUCGAGGGAAACGCAAGUGCCAACGGACCACCCGGUGACUAUGUGGAGGAGUCUAAGGCCUUGUAUCAUUUGGAUCAAUUCUCCAAGCAUGUCCUGGAAUGGAAUACACUGCGAGCGGAGUGUGUAAAGCUGGCGCUGCAGAAGUGGGUCAUUCCGGAUCUGAUCAAGGAGUUGCGGUCUACCCUGCAUGAGGAGGCGCAGCAGUUUGUGUUACGUUCCUGCUCGGCUAAACUGUACAAGUGGCUGAAGGUGGCGCCAUAUAAGCCAGAGUUGCCCACUGAUUACGGCUACGAAGAAUGGAGCACUCUAAGGGGUAUACGGGUGCUGGCUCUGGCCUACGAUCCCGACCAGUCUGUGGCCGCUUUCUGUGCGGUAACCACCGUGGAAGGCGAUAUUUCCGACUACCUGCGACUGCCGAAUAUCCUAAAGCGCAAGAAUUCGCACAAUGCAGAGGAGAAAGCCCAAAAGUUGGCCGAUCUGCGAAAGCUUAGUGACUUCAUCAAAAUGAAGAAACCGCACAUUGUGGUCAUUGGAGCUGAAUCGCGUGAUGCCCAGAACAUCCAGGCAGACAUCAAGGAGAUACUCCAAGAGCUCGAGUCAUCUGAGCAGUUUCCGCCAAUCGAGGUGGAGAUAAUUGAUAAUGAGCUGGCAAAGAUCUAUGCCAAUUCGAAGAAGGGCGAAUCAGAUUUCAAGGAGUAUCCCGCACUGCUAAAGCAGGCCGUUUCGCUUGCCCGCAAGAUGCAGGAUCCGCUGGUGGAAUACUCGCAGCUAUGCGACGCCGAUGACGAGAUUCUCUGCCUGCGCUACCAUUCGCUGCAAGAGCGUGUGCCGCGCGAGCAGCUGCUGGAGCAACUUAGCUUGCAGUUUAUCAAUCGUACCAGCGAGGUCGGUCUGGACAUCAACCUAAUGGUGCAGAACUCACGAACCGUCAACCUGUUGCAGUACACCUGCGGCUUGGGCCCGCGCAAGGGUCAGGCUCUACUUAAACUGCUAAAGCAAAGCAACCAGCGUCUAGAAAACCGCACCCAGUUGGUUACCGUGUGCCACCUCGGGCCCAAGGUCUUUAUCAACUGCAGUGGUUUCAUCAAGAUCGACACCUCAUCGUUGGGCGAUAGCACGGAGGCGUAUGUUGAGGUACUGGAUGGGUCGCGUGUACAUCCGGAGACGUAUGAGUGGGCAAGAAAGAUGGCCAUUGAUGCAAUGGAGUACGAUGAUGAGGAGACCAAUCCGGCCGGAGCUCUUGAGGAGAUCCUGGAGUCGCCAGAGCGUCUGAAAGAUCUCGAUCUAGAUGCUUUCGCCGUGGAACUGGAGCGCCAGGGUUUCGGCAGCAAGAGCAUCACCCUGUACGAUAUUCGAAACGAGUUGAGCUGCCUGUACAAGGACUAUCGGUCUCCGUAUACGAAGCCCAGUUCGGAGGAACUCUUCGACAUGCUAACCAAGGAGACGCCUGACUCGUUUUACGUAGGCAAAUGUGUGACGGCCAUGGUUACCGGCUUCACUUAUCGGCGACCACAGGGCGAGCAGCUGGACAACGCAAAUCCACUGCGCAUCGACUCCAGCGAUAGCUGGCAGUGUCCCUUCUGCCUCAAGGCCGAUUUUCCAGAGCUGUCCGAGGUGUGGAAUCACUUUGAUGCGAAUACUUGUCCUGGUCAGGCAUCUGGUGUAAGAGUGCGAUUGGAGAAUGGUCUGCCGGGCUUUAUACACAUCAAGAAUUUGUCCGAUAAGCAAGUGCGCAAUCCAGAGGAGCGCGUGCGAGUUUCCCAAAUGAUCCAUGUGCGCAUCAUUAAGAUCGAUAUUGACCGAUUCUCGGUUGACUGUUCCUCGAAGACGGCCGAUCUAAAGGACGUGAACAACGAAUGGCGACCCCGACGUGACAAUUAUUACGACUUUGUAACGGAGGAGCUGGACAACCGCAAGGUCACUGAUGCCAAGGCGAGGGCGCAAAAGCGGAAUACCUACGCCCGUCGGGCGAUCGCCCAUCCUAGCUUUUUCAACAAGUCGUAUGCGGAAGUAGUGGCUAUGCUGGCGGAUGCUGAUCAGGGCGAGGUGGCCCUGCGCCCGAGUAGUAAGUCCAAGGAUCACCUAACAGCCACGUGGAAGGUGGCUGAUGACAUCUUCCAGCACAUCGAUGUGCGCGAGGAGGGAAAGGAGAACGAUUACAGCCUGGGCAGGAGUCUGUGGAUUGGCACUGAGGAGUACGAGGAUCUGGAUGAAAUCAUUGCCCGUUUUAUCACACCGAUGGCUUUGGCUGCCCGCGAACUGAUACAGUACAAGUACUACAAACCAAACACGGCGGCGGCCAAUGUGAAUGAGCGGGAUUUCAUGGACCAGAUGCUGCGCGACGAGAAGACCAAGGAUCCAAAGAAGAUUCAUUAUUUCUUCACAGCGUCACGCAGCAUGCCGGGCAAGUUCCUGCUUUCUUAUCUGCCCAAGACGAAGGUGCGCCACGAGUAUGUGACUGUGAUGCCGGAGGGCUAUCGUUUCCGUGGUCAGAUCUUUGACUCGGUUAACAGUCUGUUGCGUUGGUUCAAGGAGCACUGGCUGGAUCCCACGGCUUCUCCUGCAGUGGCUUCCUCGGCGUCAAACUCAACGCCCCUGCACUCAAUGCGUCCGCCUCCGAAUAUCUCCUCAUCUUCUGGCCCAUCCUUGGGCUCCCAGGCUCCCUACAGCAUAACGGGCAGCGUGGGUGGAGGAACGCCGCGCAGUGGUAUCAGCAGUUCUGGUGGCGGCGGUGGUGGCAGCUCCAGCGCCUAUUCCGUUACACAAUCCAUUGUUGGCUACAGCUCCUCAUCGGGUGCAGCGGGAGCUGCAGCGGCUUCUUCACACUAUGGCAGCUCAUCGACGCCGUCAUUUGGAGCAAUUAUUAAUACGCCGUACACACCUAGUGGUCAGACGCCGUUCAUGACGCCCUAUACGCCGCAUGCCUCGCAGACACCUCGUUACGGACACAAUGUGCCGAGUCCUAGCUCACAAUCCUCCAGCAGUCAGCGUCAUCACUACGGCAGUAGCUCCGGAACGAGUGGCACACCUAGGUAUUACGAUAUGGGAGGCGGUGGCGGAAGCUCAAAUCCCUACAACAUGGGUGGUGGCAACAUGCCGCCACAUCACCAGCAACGUGCCAAAGAGAACCUUGACUGGCAGCUGGCCAACGAUGCGUGGGCAAGGCGCAGGCCACCGCCGCAGCAACAGCAGCAUCAUCAUUCGCAUCAGCAACAGCAAAUAGGAAUGGGCAUGAGCAUGGGAAUGGGCAUGGGCCACGGUGGUGGAGGAUACGGAUCAACGCCUAGCAAUGACUACAACACUGGAGGAGGACACAAUCGAGGAAUGGGCAUGAAUCAGGGCCACGGAACUGGAUCAUCCAUGUCUUCGAAGGCAUCUGUACGUAGUACUCCACGCACCAAUACCUCACCCCACUCCAUGAAUCUGGGCGAUGCGACUCCCCUUUACGAUGAGAAUUAGGGCGGCGGACUUAACCACCACAAACUACAAACAAACAAAAAAACACUAUGCUUAAAACUUUAACUAAACUACUGAAACAAGAACAGAAAAGAACAGAACGCCUACAAUAAUUAUAAAACAAGAAGGAAAACAAACACGCGCAGCUGGCGGAGAAGCAGCUGCAUUAAUAUUAGAGAGUUGGAGUGCGAUCUCGCAUUGAUCCUCAACGAUAUUUAUGUUUAAGAGCAAGUCUAUAACUGAUUCGCGGUACACACACAUAUAAAUAUAUAUAUAUAUAUCCUUAUAAAUAUAUAUAUAUGUAUAUAUACAUAUAUAUAUAAAUAUAAUUAUAUAUAUAUAUAAAUAGAAAUAUAUAUACACCUACAUACAUAUAAUCGAAGGUCGUGAAGCGCCUGCCGUUGGCGUCGAUAGAGCCGAACGGACGAAAACGGCUCGGCAGGAGCUGGAGGAAGGAGGAGCAAUCAGGUUUGUGACGACGGAAGGACGAAAAAUAAAAUGAAUUUUUUUCUGACCAGAAAA